CACGCGCCGGCAAGGUCGCCGUCGACUGAGCGCCGGACCCUGCCGAUGUGACGGCUAAUUAAAAGAGCCAACGUGCAUAGCCGCCGUUCCGACGGCGAAACUUAUGCUCCUUUCUUCCAUUCCAUAUUUCCAUUCCGCUGUUGAGUGGUCAGAGCUCAUGAACAUGGGCGUGAUGUGCAUGUGGCCACCCGACCCGCGCGUUGCCGCCACACCUGCAGCACAAAAGCCAGGAGCAGAGGAGAGGCGAGGCGAGGGUAUCCCGAAAUCCUGGAACGGGCCGGGACGAUUAUUCCAAGCACAAACGACCAGAGCAACCCUACCUUGAUCACUGCUCCUGUGACCAUGGAGAUGUUCCUGCCCGCGAUCCUCAGCGACCUGCUCGGCAGGUCCGUGUCGUUCCUGGUCCAGAGGUACCUGCAGCAGCAGGGCAGCGCGGAGGACAGCGUCCAGCAGCUGCGCCUCGCGUUGCUGCGCGUCGGCGUCACCGUCGAGGAGGCCGAGGGCCGGCGCAUCACCAACCAGGCCAUGCUCCGCCAGCUCGACGCGCUCAGAGAGGCCAUGUACGGCGGCCACUACAUGCUCGACGCCCUCACGUGCGGCCGCGGCCACGCCGACGACGACGACGCGCCGGCGCCGGCCCCGUGCCGCCUCUCGUCCGUGCUGUCCAGGCUCAACCCCGCCAAGCGCCUCUGCUUCGGUGCCGCGGACGGCGCCGCGGAGGUGCGGCGCGUGGUCGACAGGCUCGGCUGCAUGAUCGCCGACAUGAAGGAGUUCGUCGUCUUCCUCAAGGGCUAUCCUCGCGUCUGCCGCCAGCCCUACAGCGCGCACCUGCUCCUGGAGAGGUCCAUGUUCGGCCGGCAGAAGGAAAUGGAGCAGAUCGUCGGCUUUCUGCUGCGACAAGGAGAAGCGGAGGGUGGAGCCGGCGUGCUCCCCGUCGUCGGUCCGGCCAGGGUCGGGAAGAGCACCCUCGUCGAGCAUGUCUGCCAUGACGACAGGGUGCGCAUCCACUUCUCCUCGAUUCUCCUCAUGAGCGGCGACGACCUCGAGGACGACGAGAAGCUGAGCGACCCAGGAGACCACGGCCUGAUCAAACACCACGGCCGUGCCUCGCACCCGCACAAUAAAGGCUCGCUCGUGAUCGUCGAGCUGGCCGGAGACGAGGUUCCAGACGAGGCGAUUUGGAGGAGGCUCCGCUCCUCGGCAUUCUGCAAGGGGGGUGUAACCAAGAUCAUAGUCACCAGCAGGUCGGAGGCGGCCCAGAGGCUGGGCACAGAGCGCGCGCUCAGGCUCAAAGUCCUCAGCCCAGAGGCCUACUGGCACUACUUCAAGACGCUGGCCUUCGGCGGCGCGAACCCGGAGGACCACCCGGGGCUGGUGGCCAUCGCCAUGGACAUCUGCGCGGAGGAGAAGGGGUCGUUCAUCGGCGGCAACAUCGCGUGCAGCCUGCUGAGGGCCAACCCGGAUGCCCGGUCCUGGCGCAGCGUCCUCCGGAACAUGCGGGAGUACACGGAGAAGCACCGGCACCUGUUCGGCAAGCACCCGCACGACCUCCUGCGGAAGAACCGGCACGUCUACCUGUGGCGGCUGGCGCGGACGUCCAAGGUCUUCGUCUCCUACGGCUGCUACCAGGCGCGCCCGGCGCAGGAGGACGCCCCCAGGAUGACGCUGCAGGAGGUGCUGUCCGGGCGGCCGGCGCCCAGCGGGAGGUUCGAGGCCCUGGCGUGGAGGUCCCAGAUACCCCCUUGCUACAGCUACCUCAUGAGCUGCUCCGUGCAGACGCCCGUCGUGCCUCGUGUGCUGGCCAGGAAGAAGAGCUCCCGGCUGGUGGUCUGAUUCUGUUGACCUUGUGAUUGUCACUCCAUGCAUGAUGUAAAUUCAUCUUUUGCUCGGAAGGCUUCGGACUUGUACACGUGUAUUGGCCAGUCUGCUAGUGUUCUUCAGCUUUGUACGGUCGCUCUGUAAAGUCGCGCUCUGUAAUUGUGCGAUUGGCAUCUCCAUCUUCUCAACUAAGUUUGUCACUUUAAUAUA